UUCAGUCGCUUCGCACAUGUCUUUGGUUUUGGCGAAAUCGUCGGAGUUCGGCAACUGAUCCCACGUGGCCAUGGCUUCGCAGGCGGUGUACUGUCUCAGCCUGCAGAUACGUAAUCCCUCUAACUCUGGCGAUGGAUCAGUGUCAACUAACAACGCAAAUGGUACAUCAAAUCGAGCAGAAUCCUCCGACACUCUAGGAGUUCAACAAAACCUCCAACAGCCGCAAAUCAUCCAAACCCAACAGCAACCGCAUCAACUAAUCGGCGAACUCAACAGCAAUAUUAUUUUGCUGCGCGGUCCCGGCGGUAAGCAGCAAAAAUCGGGCGGUAGAGUCGGCGGUGAUCAAAUAUUACUACAGACUUUAAAACGUAUAGAUCGUACGACACCAAUUUUGUUGUUGAGGAAUAAUUCCAGAGUUGAUACUGGGCAGAAAUUUGCAGUUGCUACGACAAGGAAACAAAAUGUGCAAAUUAAGGACGAGGACAAUGUUGUUUUGGCGCAACAGGAUCAGGAGGAAAAUGAUGGGGUUAAACACAUUAUGCCGAUUGGAACAGACGGAGAGCCGAUUAAGCUGCCAGAUAAUUUGGAAAGUCUGCCACGAGCUGAACAUUUUCCAACACAGAGGCAUCGCUGGAACACGAACGAGGAAAUUGCUGCAGUUCUAAUAAGCUUUGAUAGACAUACAGAAUGGCAAUCAAAAGAAGUAAAAAUAAGACCGAAAAGUGGUUCAAUGCUUCUAUACAGUCGGAAAAAGGUGCGCUAUCGGAGGGACGGUUAUUGCUGGAAAAAACGGAAAGAUGGAAAAACUACAAGGGAAGAUCAUAUGAAAUUGAAAGUUCAGGGUACCGAAUGCAUUUAUGGAUGCUACGUUCACUCCGCGAUACUGCCCACUUUUCAUCGCAGGUGUUACUGGCUUCUCCAGAAUCCAGAUAUUGUGCUGGUUCAUUAUCUGAAUGUCCCAUAUCCUGAUGACAAUAAAAUGGCAGUUAUAGCACCUAGUAUAGCAUUAUGGGGAGAUCGCAAGGAAUGGACUAAAGAAGAACUAGUAUGCCAACUGAAACCAAUGUUCUUCAGUGAAGAUGAUCCAGAUAUAAACAAUGAUUUGGAGAUAUCUACCGCUGAGACCGUCGAAACAAUAGUUGGUCAACUGAUGGAAAGGCAACGUUUGGCCCGACAAGCCGCCCUCGUUCGCCAACUCGAAUGCGGUUGUCCGGACUCCACUUGCGCCGAUGGCAAAUCUUGUUCUCAUCCGACUGUUCCCGGCAGCGGUACAACAAACAGGAGAACGCUGGCGACUGGCGGUCAGAGUGGCAGCCAGACAAAUGCGGUCGAUCAGUCGAAAAGCCACGGAUCAUCUGCAGCUAGUGGAUCGAGGACGAAUAAUGUCAGUGCUUCGGAUAAUAAUAAUCAGGUGUCUUCAACUACAGGAACGAUGUUAUUAAAUACAAAUAAUCACCAGCAGAGAGUUUAUGCUAGCAAACAUUUGAAUCAUAAUUUCCAUCAUCAUGCCAUCAGGGAAGCGCGUCUGGUUACCACGCAGCAUGCUGGUCACCAAGGAGGAGCAGUACAUACUGGUGCGGCGCCACCGUUAGUUCUUAGCCUUUCGCAGAUACAUGGAACUGGCGGGUUAAUCAUUCUCAAUAACCAUCAUCAUCAGGCUAACACUACGGCUGCCACUUUGCAGCAACAUCAUAUCCAGCAGCACCAUCACCAACAAACGGCAGCAAAUCAGCAACAAAUCACGAAUCAGCAGACUAACCAUGCAUUUUUGAAUAUUCGGAAAGGUGUAGCAACGAUUGUUCCGAAAGUCGAAGCAAUGGAAACUUGCUCCAGACCAGAAGACGCUAAUGCCAACCAGCAGCAACAUACAAGAAAUCAACGGCAUCAAAGUGCUCCAACAGACUUUGUGAAUACUGGAAAUAAAAAUGAACAAAAGAAUAAUCAACAACAUCAACAGCAAUUUUGCGUUACUGAUGUUAAUGGAUUUUUCGAUGAAACCUUGGAUCUUUCACACGAAGACAUUCAAAGGACUUUGAGUGCAAAUAUGCCCCGUUGUCCUUCGGAUUCGGACGUAGUUAAUGUCACCAAUACUGCGCCAAGCAAUGAUAUAGAAGAUACACCAGAAAUAAAUCCUAUGGAUUUUAUUGAAAAUUGUGAUGUAAUGGUCUCACCAGGUGAUACUGCUGAUGAUGACGUUUUUGUAAAUUUAGAUGCAUUUGAUAUGUUAGGAGACUUUCCGGAUCUAGAGGUGUUAGAUGCAACUAAUGAAAUUAGUGUUGAUAAACGUUCUCCGCCUGCUAUUGAUUUUCGUGAAGGUUCUGCCAGUAUUACUGAUUAUUCACCUGAAUGGGCUUAUCCAGAAGGAGGCGUUAAGGUUCUAGUAACAGGUCCAUGGCAUUCUACAAGUUCACCAUAUACAGUUCUGUUUGAUUCGUUCCCAGUUCCAACUACACUUGUACAAAGUGGUGUUCUUCGAUGUUAUUGUCCAGCCCACGAAGCAGGACUAGCAUCACUGCAAGUGGCUUGUGAUGGUUUUGUGAUAUCAGAUUCAGUAUUGUUCGAAUACAAAUUACCUCCGAGAGAGGCCCGUGCUGCUCCAGAACCAGAAACGGAAACAGAAACUGAAUCUACAGGAAAUAACGGCGGGGAAGGUCUAUUAAAGUUUUCGUUAUUACAUAGACUGGAGGCUCUUGACGAUCGUAUGCAGAUCAAAAGAGAAAAACCUGAGCAGCAAGAGGAUUCUGCAUUACUAUCAUCAACGAACUUUGAAGACAGGCUAGUUACCUAUUGUCAAAAUUUGUCCAAAAGAUUGUGGCGCGGUGACACACAGGCUGGUUCCUGGUUAAGUGGCCAUAAAGGAAUGACUCUACUACAUCUAGCUGCUGCUUUAGGUUAUAGCAGAUUAGUUUGUUCUUUAUUGCACUGGAGAACAGAAAACUCUUCAUUGCUUUUGGAUACUGAGAUCGAUGCUUUGAGCAGGGAUGAUCAUGGUUACACGCCCCUGGCAUGGGCUUGUUCAAGAGGUCACAUGGAGACAGCAAUUAUUCUUUACCGUUGGAAUCAUGUUGCACUCUAUAUUCGAAAUACAGCGUCACUUUCACCGUUAGAUCUUGCGCGAAAAAAUAAUUUCCAUCAACUUGCUGAGGAGAUCGAACGCCUGGAGAGAGCACGAGAAACAACUCAAAAUAACAUUCAGAAUCCAAAUAAUGAAUCUCAGAUGAUGAAUUUGAAUGAUUUUACUAUGAAUAGUAUGGAUGCCUUGAGUGUUCAAAGUGAUCAUUUGGGAAUAAAGGAUAGUGCUUUUUCGCCGGUUUCAACACGUUCUCAUGACGGAGUAUUUUUGCGUCCUGGGGCAGUAUCUAGAUGCACAAAUUCUACAAAUUCAAUAUUUGAAGAUUUGUUCGUCAUAGUUGAUACACCUGUAAUUUUGCUUUUGUAUCCAAGUGCAUCACUAAGUAGUAAUUCUGAUAGAAGUCAAGCCAGUGGAUCUCUUCGAUUAAUUAAAAGGCCAUCAGUAGAUAGUGGCAUCGGAUUAGGAUCAUCAGACAGACCUCGAGGCAAAACUACAAGAGAAAAUAAACUUUCUAGAUUUGAUAGAAGCAUGUCUUUACCAGUGAACACAAAUUUUCCACAAACGUUGCAAGAUCUGCAGAGCGCCUUAUCGCCGUCUAAGAAAAAUGAUUUUGCUCAUUGCGAGCCAGCAAGCCGUAAUCUAUCUUCCGAUGAAGCAGGCUGCAAAAUUAACCAGGAAAAUUCUAACCAGGAGGCUGGCUGCUCAUCAGCCAGCAACUCUAACGUCGUAGGGGAACCUGACGUGAGAGUAUUGACCCUAGCAGAACAAAUUAUCGCAGCGAUGCCAGAAAGAAUCAAGAAUGAAAUAGAAGACAUGCACCUGGGAUCACCCUGCGGCGGGAUUAGUCCAUCCGAUUCUCUGGGAGAUGUUUUUAUGGAACCUUUAUUAGAAUCACAAUCUGAUCACUCAGAAUUCAAUUUUGAACAUUCCGAUCAUAACUAUAGGUAUUACGAUGCUGGUACACCUUGUUCAAGCCUAAGUCCUGCCAGCAGCAGUUGCCUGCAGAGUCCAGCUUCAUUUACAUUGGAUUCACCUUCACCACCUCCAACUACGCAAGAUCAUUGCGAUUUUUUGCAUGCUGGACCUUUUGAAUCAGAUUUUAAUAAACUGACUCUCUCAGAUCGCGAGCAACGUGAAUUAUAUGAAGCAGCAAAAACCAUUCAGCAGGCUUACAGAAUCUAUAAAGGACGUCAAAAACUGGAAGAACAGGACAAGGAACGUGCUGCUGCUAUUCUUAUUCAAAACUAUUACAGACGAUAUAAACAGUAUGCUUAUUUUAAGCAAAUGACUCAAGCUGCUUUGGUGAUACAGAACGGUUUUCGUUCAUAUUGCGAAUAUAAACGAUUUAAGAAGAAUCAGCAAGCUGCUUCCUGCAUUCAAAACUAUUAUAGAAGCUACCGAGAUCAGGGCCGUACUCAAAGUGCAGGAACUACUCGCGAAACUACUCCGUCCGGCACUGGAUUGAAACGAACAUAUUCACAAAGAAGGCAACAUCAGGCAGCUAGAAAAAUUCAGCAGUUUAUGAGACAAUCAAAAAAUAUAUUGCAGAAAGAACGAGCCGAAAGAGAGAAGCAGUCGGCCCAGCCGGAUUACCAGGCUGCCCUCCAAAGGUCGCCCCCUCGCGUGGACACCUUUCCGCCUACCACAGAUCCAAACAGAUGCACUGAGCACGGCGCAAUGAAUCCUGAAGAAUCUUCACUUCAGGACGAUUUGGAUUUUUGGAGUGAUUUUAUGUGAUAUGCUUAAAUAAUAACAAUGAAAUAAUGUAAACGAAUGCAACG